AAAAUGGUCAACUUGACUAUUGGGGUGGAUUAAAGAUUUUGAGGGAGGACUCGGCUAUUUGAUCCCGAGUGGGUGUAUUAAUAGGCGGCCGCGGGCGGGUGUGAGGACAGGGUGGUGAGAGGUGUCGGAGCGAAUGGCUUUCCAGAAGACGCCAGAGCCGUACUACCGGUUCCCGGAGCGGACCGGCGGCGAGCAGCUGAGCUGCCAGCACUGUCAGCAGCCGCUGCACGGACAGCGCUUCGUGGAGAGGGACGGGCGCCCGUGCUGCACCCGCUGCUACGAGAAAAUUGUCGCCAACUCCUGCGCCGAUUGCAAGAAGCCGAUUGGCUGCGGUUCCAAGGAGCUCCACCAUGACGGCAAGUACUGGCAUGAGGCAUGUUUCCGCUGCUAUCACUGCAGCCGCUCGCUGGCCAACGACUCCUUCAGCAUCAAGAACGAGAGGAUCAUCUGCUCCAAGUGUCUGCCACGCACCGACGCGUCCACCUGCCAUGGCUGCAAGCGGGCCAUCAAACCAGGGACUAAGAGCUUUGAGUACGCCGGCUCUCACUGGCAUGAGCGCUGCUUCACCUGCCACCGCUGCCUGAAGGAGAUCGGCUCGGAGAGCUUCGUCCCUCGCGGCGACGACAUCUACUGUGUGUCUUGCAACCAGAAGAAGUUCUCGCAGCAUUGCACCCACUGCAAGAAGCCCAUCACCAGCGGAGGGGUGAGUUACAAGGAAGAGCCCUGGCACACCGAGUGCUUCAUCUGCAAGACGUGCCGGAAGCCGCUGGGUGGGCAGCAGUUCACGGGCCACGAGAACUCGCUCUACUGCGCCGAGUGCUACGGCACCUUCAUUGCCAAGAAAUGCGGAGCCUGCCGCAUGCCCGUUACUGGGUUUGGGGGAGCUGAGGUCGUGACCUAUGAGGAACGGCAGUGGCACAAAGACUGCUUCAAGUGCAGGAAGUGCUACGGCUCGCUGGCCAACAAGCGCUUUGUCACCCACAACAGGGACGUGUACUGUAGUGACUGCGGUAAAAACCUGUAGGCGAACAACACCCGAGCACAAACACCGAGCACUCACUCGCUGCUCAAAGCCAGUUACUUAAACAGCAGCUAACUAUGUAAUUAACCACAUGCUUCAAUGGCAAUGAAAUAGCAACUAAUAGGAAAAGCUGACACGUUAGACACACGUUGUGGUUUCUGCAACGUAUUAUCCACAGAUAGGGCGAGAAAGGUGUGAAAGAAUUACAUGGAAUGUUCUUUAAAGUAUCUGCAAUAUUUAAUCGUGUAACAUUAUAGACGAGUUUAUGCCAACAUUAAAUGCUGGGAUGAUUUUUGUGGAAGUGCAUGCUUUACUAACGUUUGUGGUGUUUUCGGACGCAAAUACAAAUGGCUACAUCAGGAAAUAUUCAUCUCCUUUGACAGGCCGCCAGUGUUAGAGAGAUACCCUCCAGUGUUAGAGAGUUACAUGCCAGUGUUGGAGUUACCCGCCAGUGUUAUAGAGUUACCCGCCAGUGUUGCAGUGCAGAGUGGGAGUUUCCGCUAUAAAGGAUUGAACAUUUAAACACCAAUAUUCAACGUAUUAUAAUUUCACAGCAGUUUUAUCGUAUAUUAAAUUGUGUGCUAUCAUGUGGCGUUUCUAAACUAAUAUUUGAGGCUACAUCCGAGUUGAAAUACCACUUAUCGGGAAAUAACACAAAACCUAUGUUAAUUAUGUGUGUGGACCGUGACCUGUUAGCAUGUGGGGUCAGAGUCCAAUGUACGGAAUUAUCUAGAGCAAAAAAAUAUUACCUUUUAAUAAAGUUUAAUCUGCAAGUGGC